UGCCGCUGCUUCCCUCCUCCUCGGCUCCUCCUUCCUCCUUCCAACUCUUUGAAUUUGCGCUCCUCGGCUCCUGUGUCUCCUGAGCCAGGCUUCUUCACCUCCUUCCAUGCAUGCAAAGCAGCAGUGCCCUCAUUACUUCUCAAUUACUCCACUAGGUAUCUCUCUAGAUCUCCCCCCCCUCUAGUAAGGCUCCAUUUCACCUGCCAUUACCACCAAGGCGAGGCUGUGGUCGUCGUUUAUUUCCAGCAGUAGCAGUAGCCCAGCCCGGUGCCAUCUUCACCAAGCAAGCAACCGGAUACAGCUCGUGUUUAGUAAUCUUCUUCUCUCUGCGUUUCUUGUGUUUGCCCCUGGAAAUUUCAUCACACCAACCGCCCGCCGGCUGCACGCACCAUCUUUCUUUCUUUCUUUCUCUCUUUCUUUCUCCCGUCUCUCUCACCAGAAUCCAAAUUUUUUCAUCACACCGACUGAACCGAACCAUCCACCGCUCUUCACUUUCCCAGCAAGCAAGAGAAACCCAAUCCUCGGAUACAACAGCAUUGCCGCCGUCCCUCUUCAUCCUAUCCUUCUGCACCCGAUCGCCCACCCAAAUCCAACAAAGCUGUUUGCGCCGCGGAAUCCAAUCUUUGCGGUUUAAUUACCCGAGGUAGUGCAGAGAUCCGCCGAUUCGGUAGAAUUGAGUUCGGGCGAUCCACGGCUAGCUCCCAUGUCGGACGCGGAGCUGUCCCAGAGCACGGUGGUGUUCGGGCUCCGCAUGUGGGUGCUCGUCGGCAUCGCCGUCGGCGCCGCCUUCGUGCUCUUCCUCGUCCUCCUCUCCGUCCUCUGCUUCCUCGCCUCACGCCGCCGCCGCCGCCGGCGGAGGCCACCCACUCCCGUCCACCAUCAUCUCCCCACCUCUGCUCCUCCGGCUCCUCCUCUCAAGGUCGUCAGGGCGCCCAAGGACAUCCAGGAAGUCCCCCCCUCCCACGCCGCCGCGAAGAUACCGCUCGCGCAGGUGCUCCAGUUCCCCAUCCCGGACUCCGUCGAGAUAGUAGCCACGGCCGGCAACGGCAAGGAGCGCCGCGUGACGCACCCGCCGGAGCAGCCGCCGCAGCGGAGCGGCGGCAGCAGCAGCGGGAGCCGCGGUGGCGGCGCGGCGGACCACGCAGCGCCGGCGGCGGCGCCGGAGGUGUCUCACCUGGGGUGGGGCCACUGGUACACGCUCAAGGAGCUGGAGGCGGCCACCGGGAUGUUCGACGACAAGAACGUGAUCGGCGAGGGCGGGUACGGGAUCGUGUACCACGGCGUGCUCGACGACGGCACGCAGGUCGCCGUCAAGAACUUGCUCAACAACAGGGGUCAGGCAGAGAAGGAAUUCAAGGUGGAGGUAGAAGCGAUUGGGCGCGUUCGACAUAAGAACCUGGUGCGCCUUCUAGGAUACUGUGCCGAGGGUAACCAGAGGAUGCUUGUGUAUGAGUAUGUUGAUAAUGGUAACUUGGAACAAUGGCUCCAUGGGGAUGUUGGACCUGUAAGCCCUCUUACAUGGGAAGACAGGAUGAAGAUUAUACUGGGAACUGCGAAAGGGUUAAUGUAUUUACAUGAGGGACUUGAGCCAAAGGUGGUCCACCGUGACGUCAAGUCAAGCAACAUCCUUCUCGAUAAGCACUGGAAUGCUAAGCUUUCUGAUUUCGGACUUGCAAAACUCCUAGGCUCGGAGCGAAGUUAUGUCACAACGCGAGUUAUGGGAACUUUUGGAUACGUUGCUCCAGAGUAUGCGGGGACCGGAAUGUUAAAUGAAACAAGCGAUGUUUAUAGUUUUGGAAUUCUCAUUAUGGAAAUAAUAUGUGGUAGAGUACCAGUGGAUUAUAACAGGCCACCUGCAGAGGUUAACUUAGUUGAUUGGCUGAAGACAAUGGUAAGCACCCGAAAUUCAGAGGGGGUUGUUGAUCCAAAGAUGCCACAGAAGCCUACUUCUAGAGCAGUUAAGAAGGCUUUGCUAGUAGCGUUGAGAUGCGUGGAUCCUGAUGCUUCUAAGAGACCCAAUAUUGGACAUAUCAUUCACAUGCUUGAAGUCGAUGAUUUCCCCUACAACAGAGAUGAACGCCGAGGUGGUAGAGCUCCAGCGCAAGCAAGGUUGCCCGAGAAAAUGCCUAGCGAAACCGACAUCACCGGCGAUAACCGGGAAGAACCUUUCAGAUGGAAGAACACAAGGGCCUAGAUGUUCGUCCGAUUGCAGAAUCAUCUGUACAAAAUCCCAUGAUUAUUUCUGAACAGGGACAGUGCCAGUCAUGGAGAUCUUCACAACAUCUGUACAUGUCAAAGCAACGCCAGUAGCACUAGUAUUUUUCCCUGGUUAUUAUAUAUUUAUCCAAUUGGAGACAUUUUUCGCAUGAUAAAGCCCCCCAUCAUUUAAGUUAACAACGGGGUGUUGUUAAAUCUGUCAUGGUCAGCACAUGCUGCUUGUGUCUUGUGCUGAAGAACUCUCUGUGCUGUCAUUUUUGACGUUUCAACGCCGAGUCAGCAGGUUAGACUUAGACAAACACAUACAAAUGUGUUUAUGCAUGUGCCCCCAACAACAAAUUUCCUUUCUUUAAGAAUGCGGUACUAAUGUGUUAUCCUUU